AUGCAGUGGAGGAUUGCGUGUCUCUGCAGAACUUCAUGUCUGUUGUUAUGUAUUUUCACUUUGUCAAAGGCUCUUUUCGCCUCCAGUGCGAGGCCGCGGAAGCGUUAUGGAGCCGCUGUCCUCUCCGUGCCCUCCCUCGACGCACCGCUGGAGCGACCCCAGCUAGCGGCCGCCAGUAAAGGGCCCGAAUUUUCUUUUGCAGAAACCCAAAAUGGUUUUCAUUCCUUCUUAAACGUCCGGGAUAGUGAAAGGGGGUCCCUGGAGGAGCUACAGGGGGCCCAAGACCCAGACAUCCGGGACAGAGCUGGCACCGGCAGCUCCCCACCGCAAGACCGCCAGCCGCCGCACGGCAGAAGGCGCUCGAGGCUGCGGCGGGUCUUCGAAAACGUGCGCAAGAAGACUGCAGAAAAAAUGCGGAGGCUCUGGCGAGGAAUCCGGAGAGGCGCCGCAAGGCUGAAGGCGGGGGCGCGGCGAGCGGCGCGAGCCAUCUUCAAGCGACUGCCAGUACUUCGGAGGCGAAAGUGGGUCCCAAAAGCCGAGCCAGAAGCCCCGCAGCCCUCGCUGACUGCUCCCGCAGGGCUAGCGGGGCUGGGCGUGGCUGCUGCUGCAGCAGUUCCCGCCGCAGCAGGCGCAGCAACUGCAGCAGAAGAAGCAGCAGGCGAGCCCCCUGCGCCCGAAGCGGAGCCCCCUGCAGAGCCCCCUGCAGAGUUGCCCCCUGAGAAAGAGCCUGAAGAGGAGCAAAGAGAGGCAGAGCCGCAGACAGAGACGACCCAGCCCAGCACCCCCGAAGCCGACGAAUUCGUCGAGGCCCUGACCCCCGAGGAGCACCAAAGCGUCUACCCGCCUUCGCAGCCCGCAAGGGAAGAAGACGCAGCUGCUGCUGUUCCCGCGGAGGCCCCGCCGGCGGGCCCGCCUGCUGCACCGGCAGCCGCUGCUGCUGCAGCAGCUGCAGCAGCAGCAGCAGCAGCAGCGCCAGCGGGGGCCCCUGCGGAGCCAGUGCCCGAGGACUGCGCGGAGUUUUUGCUGCAGUUCAGCGACAACCUGAAGUGGGUCAACGAGGGCGCCCCCGAGUUCUGCGCGCUGUGGAGCUUGUUUGCCCGGGAGCCCAACAUCUCGCGCGGCGGCACUAUGGAGCCUCGGGCUUUCGAAGUUUCGAAGUUAAUCGCACAAGCCAAAAAACUGGACCCCGCAGACAACAGCUUCACCGCGGCCAAGCUGCGAGUGACCCUGGAGCUGGCCCAGGCGGAGGACGGCGUGGCCCGCGCGGGCAAGUACACCGACGACUUCUGCUGGUUCACCAGGCAGGAGAGCAUCAUGAAAAGACUGAACGCGGAAGAGAAGGAGGCGGCCGAGGAGGUCGUUAAGAACUACAUGGGUUUCCUGCGCAACCCCUGCAGAGUGUUUGACCGCCUCAUGCGCCACAUGGAUAUGGCUGAAGUCGACGCCAACGUCUGCGUGGAAAAGGCCGAAGCGGAAAUCAAGGUGAGGGAAAUUUUGAAAGAGGUCUUGAUGGCGCAGAAAAACAGAGUCGCCGAGGCUAUGCAAACGCUCAAUCUCACGCCUCGCGAGAGGCAAGUCGGGAGCGAUGUGAUGGAAGAACUGCAGCUGCUCAGCGGCAGAGAAUCUUGCUCCAUGGAGGUUCUUUACAUAACGAAGGAACACGCCAAAAGUGUCAAAAAGUUCAUAGUUGACUACAAGGGAAGUGGACACCGCUGGUGGAAAAUGCAGUGGCCGGGAAAGAUUGCGGGCAUCCUGCCUUCCUCCAGGGGGUCCAAAGUUGUGCCGCUUCAGGUCGCCAAAGAAUGCAGAGCCUAUGAGGGCACCAAGCAGCCCAGUGACCCUAGUGAGGUUACGGAGCUCCUUGAAUGGUUCUGGGAAGUGGCAUUUCUAAGACAUGAAGCGGGUGAACAAUAA